GUUUUGAUAUCAUCCGCGUCCAAACAAUUACGAAAUGAUACCAUCACUUUAGUUCAUAAUGACAUCUGUUGAAAAUUAUUGAUACAAGAAAAGUUUCCGUCUGGUCUAAACUCUUCUUUUCCUCCACCACCAAACAUCCUCUUUUUGGUGCUGAUACUCUCUUUUGACGUGAUGAGUGAAAACGACAGUGCCAAUAAACGAGCCCGUGUUAAUAAUCGUGUCUUGGCCGCACGAGAAGAUGAGCUUAAAGAUAUGGAAAGAAAAGAAGUCAAGGUUGAUGACGAGACCAGCUUUAUGCUCACCCGUCUUGGUGGAAAGUAUUAUGCAACAUCUGGCAAAUGCACACAUUAUGGCGCACCAUUAAUGAAAGGCACCUUGGCAUCUGACGGUCGCAUCAUGUGUGCAUGGCACGGUGCAUGUUUCAACGUUAAAUCUGCCGAUAUUGAGGAUGCGCCUGCACUGGAUAGUUUGCAACGUUUCGACGUAUCGGUAGAAAACGGCAACGUGUAUGUUACUGUCAGUGAAGAACAACUCAAGAACUUUCGUCGCCACCCACACUGUGCCAAGCACGAUCCCAAGAACAAAGAGACUGUGGUCAUCAUUGGUGGUGGUGCAAGUGCUGCUGCUGCUGCACAGAAGCUGCGCGAAGAAAACUUUCGAGGUCGUAUCAAAAUCGUUUCUCGGGAAGAUUACUACCCUGUGGAUAGAAUCAAAAUCACAAAGCAAUAUGCUAUCGAGAGUGCCGAUUCCAUUUCGCUUCGUCCAAAGGAAUUCUGGGACGAUAUCAACAUUGAGUUCCUACUUGGAACGGAUGCCACAAGCGUCGACCUCGAGGAACACAGCGUGACGCUCCAAGAUGGUCAGCAAUGGAAGUACGACCAUCUUAUUCUUGCUACAGGUGGCUGGCCGAAAAAGCUGGGCAUUCCUGGUGCUGAUUUACAGAAUGUGUUUACCAUUCGUACAGUCGAGACAAACCAGAAAGUUGCACAAGCUAUCAAGGAAGUAAGCGAAAAAGUAGGUCGCAAACCUCGACUUGGUAUCAUCGGAUCAUCCUUCAUUGGCAUGGAACUAGCCUCAGCAGUAACUCAACAAGAUGCCGCCCAAGUUACAGUCAUCAGCACCACAAAAUAUCCAUUCACAGCCGUGCUUGGUGAACACAUUGGUGAGGCUCUCAUGAAGCUCCACGAAUCCAAGGGUGUUCGUUUUGUGAACGAGGCCAAUGUUCAAGAACUCAAUCCCAAGAAAGAAGACGAGCACGCAGUGGGCUUUGUCAAUCUGGAAGGAAAAGAUCCAGUACCUGUAGACGUUGUGGUGAUGGCUGUGGGUGUGCAGCCGCAGACGGAUUACCUUCAAAAGAGCAACGAGAAGAACUCAUCGUCGUCAGGUAAAACGGUGCCCUUGGCUGAUGAUAAGGGUGUGCUCGUCGAUCGCUGCUUCAAGGUUGUGGGGACAGACAAUGUGUAUGCAACAGGUGAUAUUGCCACUUUCCCGUACCAGCAUACGGGUGAGCAAUUGCGUAUUGAGCAUUGGGGCUAUGCCGAAAAUACUGGUAGAACGGUAGCUUUGAACAUUGCAAAGAAACAAGAGCACAAGUUUACUCAUGUUCCUUACUUUUGGACGGUACAUUUUGGCACUACCUUACGCUAUUCUGGUUUUGCUAAACAAUUCGACAGAGUAAUUGUUCAAGGAAACACAACCGAUGUGGAAAAUUACUCUUUUGUUGGCUAUUAUGUCAAAAAUGAUGAAGUGCUUGCUAUCUGCUCCUAUAUGAAGGAUCCUAUCGUCAGUCACUGCGCUGAACUGCUCCGUAUUGGCAAAAUGCCAAAGGGAUCAGAAAUUGACAAGGGUGUGAAUCCUUUGGAUAUUCCUCACAUUGUUGAUUAAAAUCAGAUUAAUAUUGAUUGAGCCCCUCAGCAUGAUUUUCAUGCGGGUGAGUUGAUC